CCCCCUCUCCCACUCCCACUCCUGAUGGAUCUUCUCUAGUGGACCAAGCUUGAAGAAAUCAGCUAAAAUAAUGAAAAAGAGCUUUUUGGUGCCAGAGAUCAAGCCUUUGGAUGUGUAUGAUGUGCAGCAGGCCAAGAUAUCUGCCAGCCUCAGCUGGCUCAUCUACAAAUGCUAUGGCAAAGAUGUGCCUGAGGAGCUGUGCUCUCCCUGCUACACGGACCAGUAUGAACAGGAACACGUGAAGCCAGCCGUGAUCAGCCUCCUGCUGUCUGCCGAUGUGUACUGCAAGACGUACCGCAAAGCGCUGCACCACGACACCGCACCUCCUCGGGAUAAUGCCGCUCUACUACUUCUGCUGGCUCGGAAGGGGUUAACCCCAAUGCAGCAGGGAGAGCCUGUGAAGACCAGCGACCUGAGGGAGAAGCCCAUCCGUAUGGCCGCUCACCUUGCUGUUAUUGAUGCACUCAUGACAAUUUACUCCAUUCAUUGUGUUCAGCCCCUCCCACCAGGGGCGGAGCCCGGAAUUGGGGGCGUGGAGACGAAACUUCUUGCUUGGGUUGAUAAGGUAAAUCAGCAGCUUCUAGAAGAGGCUGAGAGAGAACAUGGGAGAAAGCAGCUGCCUGCCCCAGAGGGGCAGAAUCAAGCUGGGAUUCGUUAUCGGAAGGAUAAGGCGCUCUCGAGGCAGACUCCUUGCUUCCCAAAUGUCUCCUCCCUGAGGGACCUGUCUAAUGGGAGCGCGCUAGCGGCCAUCAUCCACUAUUACUGCCCCGCGGAGCUCCGGCUGCAAGAUGUCUGUCUGAAGGACACCAUGUCAGUGGCCGAUAGUCUUUAUAACCUCCAGAUCCUCAGAGAGUUCUACACUCAGCAUCUGCCUCCUCUCUGCCCUCUCUCGCUGGAAGAUCUGCUGUAUGUGCCCACGGCACUGAGGGUGAAUCUCCUCACUCUCUUAGCUGAACUGUACCUGUGCUUUGAAGUGACUAAACCGGACUUCGUCCAGCCUAAAGACUUGAACACGAGCAGUGAAACUACCACUCCUACAAGUGCAAACAGCGGGGGUGGCUCUCCGGUUUUUAAUUUCAGACCUGGAACCACAGGGUCUCUGCCUCACUCCUCCUCAAUGUCCCACAUGGAAGGAUUUGGAAAGACUUGGGUGAAAAACCCGUUAAGCCACCCGUUGUCCCAAGCUGUCUCUUUCAGCAUCCCCUUUGGUUUGGACAGUGAUGUAGAUAUUGUGAUGGGGAACCCGGUAAAUAUCCUGCGUUCUGUGAGUUCAGACAGCCUUUCUCAACCUGCUUAUGCUCCAUCGUCCCCUAAAUGCGUUACUCGAGCUACCUAUACCGCUCCUGAAGAUCCAGCAGAAAGUCCAAUUCAGCCGCGUACGUUCAAGAAGGUUCCACUCACUGGAAAGGGGAGCCCCGACCUUCAAGCUCAGGAGAAAUCUGGGAGCGGCUCUGGAGUGCAGGCGGACCUUCCCACCAUUGAAGAAGCGCUACAAAUCAUCCACAGCUCAGAAACUAGGCUUCUUCCAGAGGGUGCUCCAGAUGGAUUUUACCUUCAUUCUCCCGAGGAGCCUAAACCGUUGAAGGUGGAUGAGGAGGUAGUGAACCCCAAUGUUGGUGUCUACAGGACGCACGAUAGCUCAAGAAGGCUUUCAAGAGAUGAUGACUCUGUGCUGAGGGACAACAGCUUGGAUUCUGAUGCAGAGGAAACCAGGUUAGCUCAAGAGUCUAGUCGAAGCUCACUCAGCUCUCAAGCAGAUUCUUGUGCUGGUUCAGGUACUAAAAUGACCAGUUUUGCAGAGCGUAAGAAAAAGCUGGAUGCCAAAGUUACGUCAGAAGGUUCUCCGUCUUCGCUGUCUGUCAGCCCUUCCACCACAACGUGGGCCCAAAAGGCUGAGGAAUCUCCAGUGAAGAGUCCAGCCUUGAACUCUGAGAUGAGCCAGCUGGGUGCUAGACUUGAAGAGAAGAGGAGAGCCAUUGAGGCCCAGAAGAAGAGAAUAGAAGCCAUUUUUGCUAAGCACCGUCAACAACUUGGAAAGACUGCCUUCCUCCAACUAAAAAGGAAGGAUGGAUUAGAGGAAGCUGACGAAGGUAUGGAGGGGGAUGACAAAAUGUCUCCAGAUGAUGGCCUUCCAAAAGAAAUCGAAGAACUUGAGAGACAGAAGCCGAGUGGAGAAGAGGAUAAAGAUGAUGAGAAGAUGCAAGAAGGGUUAAAAUCGCGAGGAGACAAGCAGGUUAGCUUUUCUCCAGAGGUGGCAAAAGCUGGACUGGAUAAUAAUCUGGGCGACUACAACCGCGCUGUAGCCAAGCUAAACACAGCUCUGUCAUCUCUCCAGUCGGACAUGAAAAGAUUGUCCGAGCAGCAGGAAAAGCUCAUGAAAAAGGAAAGUAAAGCUUGGGUCAUACCGGCUCCCAAGCCAUCUCCUCCAGCACAUCGGCCAAAAUCCUCCCCUCCCACAAGACUCACGAGGGAAAUACAAGCUCCUCGCUCCUCAUCUCCUGCGUCUCCUUCUCAAUCGCCAUCGCGCCUGGCUCCAAAGUCUCCUCAGCCCAAUGCUAGAAGAUCUCAUCAGAUACUACCUUUUACCCCUAAGAGUCCCAAGCAGAAUAGACCAGUUGAGCUCAAGAUUCCCCCUCUCAACAGAGUACUCACUCCUCCGCAAAACGUGGAUACCAUACCUCACCUGCGCAAAUUCUCCCCAAGCAAAGUGCCGAUGCAGACACGGUCUUCCAUAUAUUUCUCAGAAAGAGAGAAAAAAGAAACGGAAGAUACAAACACGAUACCAAUUUACGAGGGCUAUGGGAACGUCCGUCCUAUAGCCUCUGUUGUCCCGCAAAGCACCGGCUUGGGGAAUACGGCCGAGGAAGAGGCGGAGGAGAAGAGGAGCAGUCUAAUUGAAAUCCCGCUGUCUGAACUGAGAGUCACCGACGAUUCUGAAAUGGAGGGAAUCGAUUCUUUGGAGGGAACCCCCGGAGAAGACAAUUCACAGAAAGGAGUCGGAUUCUUUUUCAAGGCUAAUGAGCGGACGGAGGGAGAAAUGGCUCAGAGGCGUGCGGCCUUAUUAGAGAAGCAACAGAAGAGGGUGGAGGAAGCGAAGAAGAGGAAACAGUGGCAGGAGGAAGAGAAGGAGAAGAAAGAAGCAAAGGAACCAGUAGCCACCCGACAGCCUGAGGAACAACCACGCAAGGAAGAGGAGGUUGUGUCACGCAGAGGGGACUUCACAAGAAUGGAGUACCAGCGCAGGCAUCAGCUGAAGAUCAUGGAAGAUCUGGACAAAGUCCUGCGGCAGAAACCCAUGACGGUCCGCGCAGUAAAGAAACAACGCCCCAAGACCGUGUUCCAUGACGAUUCUGUCAUCUCCCGGAGCCCUGUGAGGGGCUUGCUGGGUUCCAAGCUAAGUAAAGUUUACUCGCAGUCUACGAUGUCGCUCUCCACUGUGGGGAAUGACAAUGGCAGUGGAACGAUGAGGAAGUCCCCAAAGUCUCCAAGAGCGGCCUCUCCCUCUGGUCUAAUGUCACCAAGUCGUGGUCUGUUUACUCAGAACGGUGACAAAGAUUGGGACACCGGCUCCACCGCCUCAUCCCCAGCUUCCAUCCCAGAGUACACAGGUCCUCGUCUGUAUAAAGAGCCAAGCGCCAAAUCCAACAAGUUUAUCAUACACAAUGCUUUGUCUCACUGCUGCCUUGCGGGCAAAGUCAACGAACCCCAGAAGAACAAAGUUCUAGAGGACAUUGAGAAGAGCCAAUCCAACCACUUUCUGAUCCUGUUCCGCGACAGUAGUUGCCAGUUCCGAGCGGUUUACACGUUUUUGCCCGAGACCGAAGAGCUGACCCGGCUUGCAGGCUACGGUCCUCGAUCAAUCAACCUUUCCAUGAUCGAGGAUAUUUACAAGUACAGCUCGGACCGGAAACGAUUUACCCAAAUUCCCAGCAAGACCAUGUCCAUGAGCGUUGAUGCCUUUACCAUCCAGGGCCACCUCUGGCAAAGCAAGAGGCCCACCACGCCCAAGAAGGCAGGCACCCCCAAGUAAUUGACAUGUGCUCUCUGUACAACGUAGUCCAGGAGGCUACAACCUUCUCAAAGGGGGUCAACAUGCCGUCUUAUCACUUUGUGCCCGUGUGAUGUCAGGUUAUUUUUACUUAGGUCAGACUGGUAUACUUUACUUUAUUUGGCCCGUUUGGUUCCGUCUUGGACGUAUUAACUUUUUAGCUUGUUGACGGCAUCUCACCUGGGGUCAGCUGGAUCCCGUCUUCCUUCUGCUGUGCCCACGGGUUCCCCACAUUGUAAAUGAAGCCGGUGCCUACUCGGCAGCCUAGACUAAUACCGAGGACACCUUGCCCUGGAGGGUGCAAAAGCUUGUCACCUUGGCUGUCUCAUGAACCUCUUGGUCUGCUAAUCUGUGCCCACGUCUCAUGCUAUGAUGAUGGCGGCUGCUCCGCUAAGGAAACUGGUCUGUUCUCGGUGUAUUGCCCACUGCCCUUCAUAUGUGCCAAUCUAGUCCCCACUGCCCAUUCCUUUCUAAGGCAAAGCUGGUGCCUUAUCACACUUUUACAUCCACUUUCUGUGACACCUUCUCAGCC